AUGUUGAAAAGUUCGAAUAUAAGAUUAAAUAUUGCUCGUUCGAUUUCAGGAACCUCCAAAGCUCUUCCUAAUGGUCAACUUCCACCUGCAUACACCCUAGCCACACUAAGGGUGUUUCCGUCGCUCGAACCACUAUCAUGCGUACCUGUGUCUACCUCCGUGUUAGGUGUACCUUUAAGACGUGAUAUUUUAUGGCGUGCUGUUGUUCACGAAAAUAAUAACAGACGUGUUGGUGCCUCUAAUCCUCCUGGUAGAAGUGAAAAUGGUUACUCUAGACAUAAGAUAUUACCUCAAAAGGGUUCAGGUAAUGCAAGAGUGGGUGAUGCUAAUUCACCAAUAAGACAUAAAGGUGGUGUUGCACUAGCAAGAAAUGCACCAAAUGAUUACACGACAGACUUACCAAACAAAGUAUAUCAUUUGGCCUUUAGAACUGCUUUAAGUCAUCAAUAUAAAGAAGGUAAUUUGUUCAUUAUCGGUAAUAUGAAUUCAAUAACGCCUACCAAUGAGACAGAUUCCACAAAACUUGAUAUAGAGAUAAACGAUACGAAAACAAAGCCAAAUUUUAAUAGUGUGAUAUUUAAGAAAUUCUUAAAUGAGCAUGGAUAUGAAGGAAAGAGAUUGUUGUUUAUUACAUCGGAUACUAGACCAGGUCUAUUGAAGUAUACGGACAUGUACAAAAAUAAAGUAGAUGUAGUGCAACAGGAAGGUGUUGAGGUUAAUGAUUUAUUAAAGGCUAGUAAAGUAUUCAUUGAAGAAGAUGCGCUAAAGUAUCUUGCAGAACAAUUCACUGCUUUCUCAACAUAA